AUGACGUCACCUAAUGUACCACUAUCUAGAGACGAUUCAAAUAAUUUUUAUUCUGAAUUUCAUCUAAAAAUAAUAAUUGGACAAGGCACGUUUUCUGUUGUAUGGUUAUGUGUGCAACGAAGCAGCGGACAAGAAUAUGCGGCUAAAGUAUUGAAAGAAAAAUAUGAAUAUGGCGCUGACGCAGUGGACGUUGACAAAUGGAACGCUUUAUCAGAAGUUAAUGUAUUAAACUCGGUGGCAAAACAUCCGUUCUUAAUAUUACUAAAAAAGGCAUACCACGAAAAAGAAAACGGAGAAGUUAUUUUAGCAACAGAAUUAAUGAAAACAUUAUACGAUAUUAUAGAAAACGGAGAAUGUCCACUAUCAGAAUAUAGAAUUAAAACUUAUAUGUAUCAAAUGUUGGAAGGCUUAAGGUAUUUGCACGAGAAUUGCUUUAUCCAUAGGGAUAUCAAGUCAGAAAAUAUUUUUCUGAGAUACAAUUUAUUAAAGAUCGGUGAUUUUGGAACCACAUAUCAUUCCAUUUAUGGCCAUCAGUACAUAGAAUACGUGGCAACUAGAUGGUACCGCUCACCUGAAUGUUUGUUAACACAAGGUUGGUACAAUUCAAAAAUGGAUAUUUGGGCAACGGGAUGUGUACUUUAUGAAAUAGCUACCGGUCAUCCGUUGUUCGAUGGUCGAGACGAAAAUGAACAAAUUGAAAAGAUUGAACGGGUCUCUCCAGACGAAAGACUAACUAAUAAAUUUAAAAAAUAUAAAUCUGAUGUGUUCGUUGCACAAUACGAAACUAAUAAACGAAAUGGCAGAACCACUGGAGUUGGACUGCGUUCAGUGUACCAACCAUACCGCCCGGAAUAUGAUUUAAUUAUAGAUAUGAUAGUUUAUGAUCCAACCAAGAGGUAUUCGGCGAAUCGAUUACUACGAAAGUCAUACUUUUCUGAGAUGAAAAAUACGGUGUAUGGAUAUAAAAUGAGAGAUUUUGAAAAAUUGCUGAGAAAUAAACCAAUAAUUAACUUAUCCGAGAUAGAGCAAAAAGUAAGUUAUAAAAUAUAA